AUGGAGCAAUCAUUUGCUAUUACUGAAGACGAUGAUGAUUGCAGAACACCAUUCAUACAAUAUCUGCAAGAUGAUGUAUUACCACAAGAUAAAAAUGAGGCCAAAGCAUUACAACGAAAAGCAUCACGUUACACAAUAGUUAAUGGCAUUCUUUACAAAAGAUCAUACCAAGGAGUUUUGCUACGAUGUUUAUCUCAAGAAGAAGCACAAUAUGCCUUAGCAGAAUUACAUGAAGGUGUCUGCGGAAAUCAUUCAGGUGGCCGAAGCUUAGCCAGUAAAGUCAUGCAAACUGGUUAUUAUUGGCCUAUGCUCCGUGGUGAUGCAGCGGUAUAUGAGGCUAGAUGUGAUAAAUGUCAAAGAUUUUCACAAAUCCCACAUCAACCACCAACGGAGCUGGUCCCAAUUUCAUCGGCAUGGCCGUUCACGAGAUGGGGAAUGGAUAUCAUAAAGCUUUGCUUCGCAUCACCAAGGCAUCCACAAUCGAAUGGCCAAGCAGAAGCUACAAACAAGACGAUAGUCAACACUUUGAAGAAGAGACUAGAAAAAGCAAAGGUAGCCUGGGCAGACGAACUCCCAGGAGUUUUGUGGUCAUAUCGAACAACAGUGAGAACUUCAACAGGAUCUAUUAGCAUCUUGGAUAAAAAUAUCAAAGUUUGGACGAAGGUUAAAGCGACAAAGAUUGCUGUCCUCCAAUUUCCCAAAAGCUCAUGUAUACUUAACCCUUUAUUUAUUCUAAGAUUCUUAUUUGCAUCAUGGUUAAAAUCUUAA